CGACGCGGCGGCUUUGCGAACGAGCUGGGGAGCGGGAAUGGGCGGGGCCAAGGAGCGGGAAUGGGCGGGGCCAAUGGGCGGGGAGCCCGGAUGUGAGCAGGGUGGCAGCAGAGCGGAGUGGAGGUGGCUUUUGGAUUUCGAAUCCAAUUUCGAAUUACAGUGGAGACUGAGAUCGAGAGUGUGAUGUCCUUAGAUUUCUCCCAUGGGUAGAUCCUUAUAGCCAUCAUGGAUGAUCUAAACCUGCACUACAGAUUUCUGAACUGGCGGAGGAGAAUCCGGGAGAUCCGAGAGGUGCGAGCUGUUCGUUACCAAGAGAGGUUCAAACAUAUCCUUGUUGAUGGCAACAGACUAAGUUAUCAAGGAAACUCUGGGGAAGUUGGCUGCUACGUUGCUCCUCGUCCGCUGACAAUAGACAACAAUUAUUUUGAGGUAUCCAUUGUGGACAGCGGCGUGCGAGGGACCAUUGCAGUGGGACUGGUGCCCCAGUACUAUAGUCUGGACCAUCUGCCCGGAUGGCUACCCGAUUCAGUUGCUUACCAUGCAGAUGAUGGCAAGCUUUACAACGGCCGAGCCAAGGGACGUCAGUUUGGGACAAAAUGUAGCUCCGGGGACCAGAUUGGUUGCGGCAUUGAGCCAGUGUCUUUUGAAGUCCAGACGGCCCAGAUUUUCUUCACCAAAAAUGGGAAGAGGGUGGGCUCAACUAUCAUGCCACUUUCCCCAGAGGGGCUCUUUCCAGCCGUAGGGAUGCACUCGCUGGGGGAAGAAGUCCGGCUCUAUCUCCAUGCAGAGCUUGGCAACGAGGAAGAAGAUGACAGCGUCAUGAUGGUGGACAGCUAUGAGGAUGAAUGGGGCCGACUGCAUGACGUAAAAGUCUGCGGCACACUCCUGGAAUAUGUGGGAAAGGGGAAGAGCAUCAUUGAUGUGGGUCUUGCCCAAGCCCGGCAGCCCCUGAGUACUAGGAGUCACUACUUUGAGGUGGAGAUCGUGGAUCCUGGAGAGAAAUGCUACAUCGCGCUGGGCCUGGCUCGCAAGGAUUACCCGAAAAAUCGGCAUCCUGGCUGGAGCAGAGGAUCUGUGGCUUACCAUGCAGAUGAUGGCAAGAUCUUUCACGGCAGUGGAGUGGGAGACCCCUUUGGUCCACGCUGCUACAAGGGAGACAUCAUGGGUUGUGGGAUCAUGUUUCCCCGCGACUAUAUCCUUGACAGCGAGGGAGACAGUGACGACAGCUGCGACACAGUAGCCAUUAAGGCCAAACCCCGGGGUGUGAUGAAUGUCUUAUACCUACACCAGGAAGCUGAGGAGGAUGAGGAUGAAGAAGAAGAUGGGGAAGACAUGGAGCAGGAACACGAAGGCAAGAAAGUAGUGGUGUUCUUCACACGCAACGGGAAAAUAAUUGGAAAGAAAGAAGCUGUGGUGCCCGCGGGAGGUUUUUAUCCCACAAUUGGGAUGCUUAGCAGUGGGGAGAAGGUCAAGGUGGAUCUGCACCCGCUCAGCGGCUGAGGAACAAGGGCCAGGAGCCCUCACUUUCCUUCUGCCAUUCCAUGGGACUGCCAGUUGCGCCCCGGGUUCUUCUUCAUUGCACUUCCAGCCUCCACUUUAGGGGCAGUGUUGUCAUUGUUUUUGUCUGUGGGGCCAUCUAAGAUAUCUGUCUACUUAACACCAACUGAGUCAUCGAUUCUUGUCUUUUUCGUAUCCAUCUCAGCUGCUGCUGUGGGAAAAGAAAUCUUGAGGCGACCUUUGUUUUCUAAGCAGGUCUGGAAUUUUGCUAUGAGACAGAGGUCCAGCCUCCUUCCCAUUGCAGCUGUCCAUCAGCCACAGCCUGAAGCGGCAGCAUGGUUCUGGGCUAGCGAGUAUGGUUGUCACUUCUCAGGCUUUGCAUUUGAGGCUGGCAUCUAGUGCUGGAAGGUCUCAGCCAUCUUCUGUGAGAGGCUGCCUCAUCACAGAGAGCACAGUGUCUGCAGACCGUGUUUCUUCGCUUUGUGUAAUAUGUUGGUUAUUUGUAACCUCUCUGAAAUUGCAGGCUAGCCCUGCAGAAUCUUAAACAUGUUGCUCUCGUGAUUCCCUUAUAGUGCAGUAAGUUCUUUUUUGGGCCGGCCCUAUCAUUAGGCAGAAUGAGACAACCCAUUGGAUGCUGAGCACUGUUUCUCUGGAACUGCCCAGCUGUUUUCCUCUGUUGGAGAGAGUUACACGCAUUACACAAUCUGUUCUGAAUUCUCUGGCCUGCUGCCCUUGGGUGUCAUAGAAGACACACAGUCCUUUUUGCUAGCUUUCAGGUGACGUUUAGGAGCCCAUCCAGUCAAUGGAGUAGCAAAGUGAGGGGAUGCAUUUUCUUUUCUAAACGUCUUGGGCUGGCACUUGCAACUUCCUCCUUAAGUGCACGAAAUUAAAUCAAGAUGUGAGUAGCCAUAGGGCUCCUAACAAAAAAGGCCAAGGAACCCCCGACUUUCCCCCCAAAUGACUCUAGAUCCUUCUGAAGAUGAUGUCAGAUAAUAUUUUUGAUCCAGGGGAAAGAAUUCUUUGUAAGACUUCACCUUUCCUUGAUGAGCUGUCUGCCUGAUAGCAUUUGAGCAUGUCUUCUGAUUGCUGUUACUCCUUGGAAGUGGCAUUGGUGACCUUCAAGCAGAAUGACCUCUGCUGCCUCCCUUUAUGGAGCCAUUGAGGAUGUUUUAAUAUCACGAGUUAUUAUAUAGGGACAUGCUGGCUGCCGAAAUGUUUUUCUUAGCCUGGGUGGCAUGCUUCUAUCGAUGGGGAUAGAAAGGAGGCAUGGGACAGGAACUAUGCCCUGCAGUUUGAUUGUAAAACGUUUACUCAUUACUUUUCCUUCUUUCCAUCCCUUGAGUUAAAGGCAAACCUUUAUGUCCAUAGCCCUGCCCUUGUAUGGAUUCCCUUCCAAGGUCUCUUACCCUCUGCGUUGUACUCACAUUGCUGUAACAAUUUUAUUUGCUCUAACUUUGGAGUUUGCAGGGGUUCCUUGGGAGGAUGAAGAAACCUGUCAUUUCUGUAUAUGUGGCUAAUCCAUGACAGGAGAUGCCAAAGAACAGUAACUUUGUUGAAAUGUGGGACAAUAGGCAAAUGAAAGACAAGUCACUACUAUAGAACACUCUCCUGAUUUCUUGGCCCUGUGUCGUCAUGGGCAGUUUUGCUGCUAAAACUAGAAUAUUCCGGGAACCUGAGUUGUGUGGUCCUGAAAAGUAUUGCAUUGGCUCCCUUUGUGGAUGUAGUUGUGGAAAUUGCUGUUUUAAGUGGGUUGGAUGGGAGCAACACACUCUUUUCUGGUUGUCUUUCUUGACUGAAUGUUGAUGUUCUACUAUCAUCUCUCCUGGUCCUUGGGGGAGUAAAAGACUUGCCUCUUAUCUUCCAGUCCAAAUCUGUUGCUGUGUUGCACGUUGUCCUGGUAGUUACUGCCUCUCCUCCCAUUUCUGAAAUAUUGUGAUGCUGCAUAAGAAAAGAAGUGGGGUGAUCUGGGGCAGGGAGCAAAUGUGUGGAAGAAUGUAGCAGACUUGGUUAAGAAUGCUAUGCAAAAUCCUCUGGCUGCAACAAUCCUUGGAAGGAGCCAAAUUCCUGCUCCCUCUGUGCACUGUGUCUGUUCAGAGCCCUAUUCUCUCCAGCCCCCUCUCUCUGUGCCUCUGGCUCCUUUUGCAUCUAUAGACAGAAUCUUGAUACACUCAAUAAAACUUGGGAUUUCCAUAUUUAUCCAA